UGUCCCUCUUAUCUUAUACCACUCCAUUUGUCUUCGUGUACUUGAACUCUUAUGCUCUGCUCUUCUUCUUCUUCUUCUUCAAAAAUCGAUCCUCAACCCACCGCACAAAAAUCAGAACUUCGGAGAUGGAGAGAGAAACCCAUGAAGAAAGUGGAGAUUUUGCGCCGGAAAGUCCACUUCUUGGCAGAGGAAAUCCAGAUUUUCCCGGAAAAUCAUCCUCCGCAACGGCUUGUGUCUUGCUCAGUACCUUCGUUGCCGUCUCUGGUUCUUACGUUUUUGGAUCCGCUAUUGGAUACUCAUCUCCGGCUCAAUCCGGUAUAAUCGAUGAUCUAAAUCUCUCUGUCGCGGAGUACUCGUGGUUCGGUUCCAUUCUUACGAUCGGAGCGAUGAUAGGCGGAGCCAUGAGUGGACAAAUAGCCGAUAAACUUGGGAGACGAUCGACAAUGGCUUUCGCAGAGGUAUUCUGCAUUGUCGGAUGGGCAACGAUCUCGUUCGCUAAGGUUGCAGGGUGGCUAGACGCCGGAAGAUUUCUCGUUGGCUACGGGAUGGGCGUGAUUUCGUUUGUGGUUCCUGUAUACAUAGCUGAAAUCACACCCAAGGAUCUUCGAGGAGGGUUCACGACGGUUCAUCAGCUGGUUAUAUGUUUUGGUGUCUCAAUAACCUAUCUCAUCGGAUCAUUUGUCGGAUGGCGAAUUUUGGCUGCUGCUGGACUCGUUCCAUGUCUUGUACAGUUGAUUGGGUUGUCUUUCAUCCCAGAAUCUCCGAGAUGGUUGGCGAAAGUUGGAAAGUGGGGAGACUUCGAAAUCGCGUUACAGCGAUUACGGGGUGAAUUCGCAGAUAUAUCUUCGGAAUCAGAUGAAAUCAAAGGUUACACAGAGGCGCUCGAUCGACUUCCAAAAGGUAGCAUGUUGGAUUUGUUCCAGCGCCGGUACGCCGGUUCGGUAAUUGUCGGAGUUGGUCUGAUGGUACUGCAACAAUUCGGUGGAGUUAACGGCGUAUCUUUCUACGCCAGCUCCAUCUUCAUAUCCGCCGGGUUCUCCAGCAGCCUGGGGAUGAUUGCAAUGGUCCUUGUACAGAUUCCCAUGACUAUAUUAGGAGUGAUUUUGACGGAUAAAUCAGGCAGACGGCCACUUCUUCUGGUUUCCGCCACGGGAACAUGCAUCGGUUGUCUUCUCGUUGGGACAUCAUUUUUCUUACAGGGUUUAAUGCUGUUGAAGGAAACGACACCGUUUCUGGCCCUCCUUGGGGUAUUGAUGUACACAGGAUCAUUCUCACUAGGCAUGGGAGGGAUCCCGUGGGUCAUAAUGUCAGAGAUUUUUCCGAUCCAUAUGAAGGGUUCGGCAGGAAGCCUCGUCACGGUGGUUAGUUGGCUCGGGUCGUGGAUCGUCUCCUUCGCUUUCAACUUCUUGAUGAAUUGGAACUCAUCUGGUACGUUCUUUAUCUUCGCCGCUUUUUGUGGAUUCACAGUUAUUUUUGUGGCAAAACUCGUACCAGAGACCAAAGGACGAACACUUGAGGAGAUACAAUCAUCGAUGAAUAGUGUAUCUCUUUAGGGAUAUAAGAUAUGUUUGACGAUUAGUUUUAUAAAUUGAAAUAGCACUAUAUAGUAUAUAUGGUCGGUGUUUUUUAAAUUGUUAUUCAGAUAAUUAGUUUUACAAAUUAUAAUUUGUGUAUCUAGAGAUGAUAAAAAAAAAAGUUGAUGCAUGUUGGGCAAGUCCAAUAUGAAAACUUGUAAUA